AUGAACCCGAUGAGCAGCACCUCCAACUCUAACUCCAACUCCAAGCCAUCGCGCCGGAGCAGCUCCGACCCGGAGAAGCCGCCACAGCCGGCGGAGGUGCCGACGGCGGUGGGGGAGACGGAUCCGCCGGCGUCGCUCAAGUCGUUCAGCAUGGCGGACAUGCGGGCGGCCACCAAGAACUUCGGCUCCACGUCGUACCUGGGCGAGGGCGGGUUCGGGUGCGUGUACAAGGGGUGGAUCGACGAGACCACGCUCGCCCCCGCCAGGCCCGGCGCCACCAACGCCAUGAUGGUGGCCAUCAAGAAGCUCAAGAAGGAGAGCUUCCAGGGCCACCAGGAGUGGCUCACCGAGGUUACCUACCUCGGCGACCUCCACCACGACAACCUGGUCAAGCUCGUCGGCUACUGCUCUGACUCCAACAGCAACAAGCUGCUGGUGUACGAGUACAUGCCGCGCGGCAGCCUGGAGAACCACCUGUUCCGGCGGGGCAGCCAGCCGCCGCUGCCGUGGUCCACGCGCGUGUUCGUUGCCGUCAACGUCGCCGGCGGCCUCGCCUUCCUCCACUCCCGCGGCGUUAUCUUCCGGGACCUCAAGUCCUCCAACGUGCUCCUCGGCCCCGACCACCGCGCCAAGCUCUCCGACUUCAGCCUCGCCCGCGCCGGCCCCACCGGCGGCAAGAGCCACGUCUCCACCCGCGUCGUCGGCACGCGCAGCUACGACGCGCCGGAGUACGUUGCCACGGGCCACCUAUCCGCCAAGAGCGACGUCUACGGCUUCGGGGUGGUGCUCCUGGAGCUCAUGACCGGGCGGCGCGCACUCGACGAGGCCCGCGGCGUGGCGUCAGAGCUGCUGGUCGACUGGGCCAUGCCGAUGCUGCAGGGGGAGCGGCGCAAGGUGAUACGCGUCAUGGACACCAGGCUCGGCGGGCAGAACCCCAAGAGGCAGGCGCAGGACAUGGUCGCGCUCGCGCUCCGAUGCCUCCAGAAUGACUCCAAGAGCCACCCCUCCAUGGCCGACGACGUCCUCCCAGCCCUCGAGCUCCUCCUGCACCCAACCACCUCCUCCUUGACCACAACGUCGUCCAGAUCGCCGGCCGCAUUGGCGGCGCCGGUGCACAGAGGCGACCGACGAUCAUCACAAAAGCUAGCUAGCUUGGAGACUCUGUUCAUUUAA